AUUUCAUUGUGUAGUUGAUAUUGGUGGAAGAAACGAAAGGAAUUAGAGGAUUCCUUUUGUUUCAAUGGCCGAUGAGUUGACUCAGCCAUGGCUGAGUUCGAUCCAUAAUUUGUUCAAAUGAAUGUUGUAUUCGUUCGAACGGUAGGAACCCAAACGUCGAACGUUUGAUCUUAUCACCAUACGUUCGAACCAAAGUUAAUAUUCACGUUUGAACGGUGAUGUAAAAAUUUAUAUGUUCGAAUGGUUAUGGAUUCGAUCAAACGGGGACGUAAGCGUGGCAGACCAGGUCAAUCUUCCAUCGAAACAUUCCGAGAGAGGACUAUCUUAUUAGAGCAUCAUGUGAAAAUUUUUGACUUUAUGACUCUUACUUGGGAGGGUCAUUCUUUGAUAUCAGUCUUUAUUGAUCGUGGUUGGACACCAAUUGGCCUCGAUCAGAAGGAUGAAGCAUGUGACCUCAUGUCUUAUAUUGACAUUGUCUCCGAGUUCUAUAAAGAGCUCGAUGGUAUCAGCCCAGAUGAAGGAGGGGAAUGCAUGAUCUCUAUUCAAGGAGCUUCAGUACUAUUUUUAGCAGACAGACUCGCUGAUUUUAUUGGUAUUCCCAAACUGCGCACUGUAUAUUCGAACAUGGUGGUUAGAGAGUCUCCAGCUUCAGGUGAUGGGGAGACGGCUGAGGAUGAGGGAUUAGCUUAUACAGAUGAGCUUGAUUCCCUCGAGAUUAUGAGGUGAGGGAGUUGGUUGUUGGUCCAGAUGCUCCUCUGUAUGGUGGGACGAAGAGCAUCAAGCUAGCAGAUCUAUCUCCUUUCUUCAAGAUCAUGAACUUGAUCAUUGCCAAUAAUAUUGAUCCUCGGUAGUACAAGACAGAGGUUGGCAUGGAUCAGAUGAAGUUUAUGAUACGUGUCGCUUGUGACGUUCUUAUUGACCUGGUGGAUUAUAUAUUCGAUAAGAUUCGAUCAAAGGCCCCAGUACAUUACAAUGAAUAUAUUGCCAUUCAGAUUCUUGAUCACCCGAUUUUUGCUACAUGCUAGGGUCCUGCUAGAUAUUGUCGAGCGUGUCCGGGAGCCAAUGAGACCGAUCAACAACUCCACCCUGUCACGAAGUACUGGACAAUCGAGACUUCAUCUUUGUGGUCCUAUUCUAGACUCGGUCGAUACUCAGAGAGAUGGACACCCGAGAGAUCGUGGAGUAUCGGCCGAUGAGACAUCCACGCAAGCCGAGGCAUCACGCACAUCUACUCUCGAGGAGAAGGCUGAUAUACUGUGUGCAGAGAUCAGUGGACAGACAUCAGUAGUAAUCGAUGUAGUGCGUACGGAGAUCCGUACUACCAAUUCUAACUUACGUACAAAGAUUAAUGCUAGCAUCUAUGACUUACGUACAGAGAUUAAUGCUAGCAUCUCUGAGUUACGUACAAAGAUUGAUGCUAUGUCUGCGACUCAGGUCAUAAUCAGUACUCGACUGACACAGUUAGAAAUACGCCUAGCUGCAGUCAAUGAUAUGUGUAUGGAGUUGGGAUCUUAGUUGUUUCUAUUUUUUAUUUAUAGUUUUUUUAUUUGAAUAAUAUUUGGUGUUUUGUAAAUUUAAUUUAAUUAUGAACUAAA